AUGAGCAACGGCUCCGACGACUAUAACACGCUCUAUCCCGAGCCUCUUCAGAGUGUUUUCCCGUCAUCGUCUCUGAACACCAACCAGCAUAUGUCACCCAGCCGGUUCUUUCCCAGAUCGCAGCAGACUCUCCUCCCGCCAGCAUCUGGACCCUUCGACGACGGCAGCAACAACAUCCUCUACACCACUGAUUUGCCUUUCACGAGCAUGUUUGGUGACCACAUGUCACCAACAAUGUACUACGAGGACUCCGAAAUGCGCAUCUCUUCAUCCAGCCUGUCGACGGCCUCCGGCCCGUCCGCGCCUUCGUCCGCAGUCGGCUCGCCCCGUUCGCACAACGACAUCCCGACAAGCGUGCCCGAGUGGCCGGCACCACAGGUUCUCAGCGUCAGCCCAAACAUUAUGAGCCAAGGCGACUUUGGCCCUGGCGAGUACAGCUACACCAACAGCCACAUGGACGAGUUUGCGCACUUUGAGUACCCCCAGCCAAAAUCGUUUAUUGGUACGUAA